CGAACCAUACGAAAGAAAGUGAAACUAGAUUCUAGGCUUGUCACAGUUGUCAGUGGCCAAGUUACGAAACGGGACUUCGGACGAAAGGAACCCCUGUUACAGGCUGACAGUGGUAGUAUUUGGGCCAUGUAACGAAGAUAAAGUUGCUUUUGCACCCCUUUCUUUUGUUUGGUGUGUGUCUGUUGGAGAGUACAGCAAAGAAUUAAGCACACGAUUGUAAACAACAUCUUAGCUGCAACAUGCUGGUCUCCCUCAUAAAGGAUGGAGGCAUGUGGGCUGUAUCGCAGCUGACGCUGUCCAGCCUACUGUAUGUAGGGAUUACCUUCACAUUGAUGGCUGGAGCGGCAAUAGCCGUGCUUGUUUUCCGCCCGAGGAAGUCCUUUCGUCUUGUCAAGCCAAACAGAAAGUUUGAAAAAGAUGGUCCUGAAGUGAUAAUAAUCGGUUCAGGUGUAGCGGGGUCUGCUAUGGCUACUGUGCUAGCCCGAGAUGGGAGGAAGGUCACCGUGUUUGAGCGAGACAUGAAAGAGCCAGACAGGAUUGUUGGAGAGCUGCUGCAGCCUGGAGGAGUGAAAGCUCUGAGGAAGCUUGGUCUUGGCGAGUGCACCAGUGACUUGGAUGGUCAUCAGAUCAAAGGCUAUGUACUUCAUAAUUUAGAGGCUGAGGCAGAAAUUGUCGUGCCUUACCCCAAAGGUGAUGACCCGACAGGCAUCAAUGACUUUGAAAGUGUCACAGAAGGAACUGCCUUUCAUCAUGGAAGGUUUAUCAUGUCCCUUAGGGAACAAGCAAAAAAAGAACCCAAUGUCACGUACAUUGAAGGAACUGUAACGAAACUGCUGGAGGAAGAUGGAGUGGUUACUGGUGUCCAGUACAGACAGAAAAGUGAAGAUGAGAGUAAGGAGUUGUACGCCCCAUUAACGUUUGUGGUGGAUGGAUGCUUCUCCAAGUUCCGGAAGACCCUGGUCUCGGAACCUGUCCGCGUCACGUCCCACUUUGUCGGACUUCUCUUGGAGCACUGCCCACAGAGAAUUGACAACCACGCCGAGCUGGUGUUGGCCGACCCGAGUCCGAUCCUGGUCUACCAGAUCUCAUCCCACUCCACCAGGGUGCUGGUGGAUAUCCGCGGAGUUAUGCCGAAAAACUUGAAGGAUCAUCUGUUGGAUAAAGUUGCACCACAGCUGCCAGAGCACAUCCGAGAGUCGUUCCGGGACGGAGUCAUCAAUGGGAGAGUGAGGAGCAUGCCCAACAGCUUCCUUCCCCCCAGCCCCGUGGAGCGGCCUGGCGUUCUCGUGCUGGGCGACGCCUACAACAUGAGGCACCCCCUUACAGGCGGGGGCAUGAGCGUCUGCCUCAAUGACGCGGUCAUCUGGCGGGAGCUGCUCCGAGGAAUUCCCGAUUUAACGGACUAUGAGGCCAUCAUCAAGGCCCUCAGGGUUUUCCACUUGCGUCGUAAAGGCAACCACUCGUUUGUUGUGAACGUGCUGGCCCAGGCUCUGUAUGAGUUGUUUGCUGCUGAUAACAAACAUCUUGUCAGCAUGAAGAAGGCGUGUCUGGAAUACUUCAAGCUGGGGGGAGGGUGUGUUGCAGGACCUGUCAGCCUUCUGUCUGUGCUCAAUCCCAAACCUCACAUUUUGAUCGGCCAUUUUUUUGCGGUGGCGGUGUACGCCGUAUACUUUGUGUUCCGAUCGGAGCCGCUGUGGGCUCUGCACCGAAUGCUGUACCGCUCGGGGAUGAUCCUGCUCAGUGCCUGCGGAGUUCUCUUCCCUCUGGUGUGGAGUGAGAUGAGAUCUGUCAUUCUGACAUAGCCCUUGCGAUCACAACUGUGCCGUAUGGAAGGAUGUUUGGGAAGAGUUUCUGGUCGGAAGUUAUAAAAGUAUUAUGUGCGUACAGGAUCGCUGUAUUUUCUUCAGUUAGUGUGUGUGCCGAAAUGCUUGAUUCUGUCUCUGAAUGAAUGGUACAUCAUAUUUAUUUCUGUAAUUCUCUCGCAAGGUCGUGACACAUUUUAGGAAAUUUUAUGGAGUUCCAUAAACAUGUGGGGCGUUGUGGAGUUUGUGAGUUUUGUGGCAAGUCACCUUCCCUGAUUGUUGGCAAGUAGUUCUACUAUACUGUCCUCAGCCCAGAAAGUAAACUUUGUCAGGAGAGAGAAAAAAUAGGUUUCAUUCUUUUAGUGAUUGUACCUAUAUUAUGUACCUUUUCUGGCCUUCUUUCAACUUUUAGAAUUUGAAUUUUUACCAAAUGUUUCUUUGCAUUUCACAAAAUAUUUCUCUUUGAAUUUUGACAAAAUAUUAAAGCAGGUACAACCAAUACCCCAGAUUAAAAAACUAAAAAGAAAAUAAUUUUUCAUUUGGGUUCAGUGGGUCUGAACAGCUUGCUGGCAUUAUGCUGGUUAAACUAAUAUUUCUUUUUCUGGACUGAUCCGGAAAUCAUAAUAGAUGUAGAUGGCUUUCCUAAGUUAUGGCAAUGAAGACAAAAAAUGUAUAAUGACUUCUUGACGUGAGCCACACACUACUUUGUCUGAGCUGUUUCAACACUCCUCGUCUGCUUUGAGUGCUACGUUUAAGAUUUGUCUGAUCAGGAAAAAAACAACUUUGUCUUAUAUACGACCAAAUAUUGUAUGAAACUAGAUAAAUGAUUGUAAAGAGCUUGAAAACAUUGUUAAGCCAUCUCGUCCAGACUAUGAUUUGAUUCUAGUCAAAGCCGAGGUGGAAUGACGUGCCUUAAGGCAAUGGGUGUCCCUGGGGUACCAGCACUUCCUGGACAGCAGAUGUUCUCAUGCAGACAAAAAGUUCUCCAGUGACCUGGCAUGUCAGAGAAAGGUUCCUCCUACUGUGCCUUUUGUCAAGCAGAAACACUCCAAGCAUCGAUGACCAACUGGGCUAGCCACAAGUUUUUCAUUCCGUGAUUUCGCAUCCGAUUUAAAUAUCAGCUGUAAUUUGUGUCUCUGUUCUGAUUCAUUUAUCCGGUUUUUAUUAUUGCCAAAUAUUUGAACACCUUGAAAAAUGAGCUUUUGUUUUUAUCUACAUUCUGCUUUUUCAAAAUUUCGUGGUUUAUAGCCUGUCCUUGCUCGGUUUGCCUGUUCUCAUUUUCCAACAUAAUAUGGGGAAAUCAUAUAAUUUUCCCAGACACCACAGCCAAUUUGCUAAUGGCACUUGGAAGGUUAAAGAAGAACUGAUAUUGUGUACAGGAAAAGUGUAAAAGCAAAUUGCAUACAGUCACUGUCACAAAGGAGGAUUACUUUAAUUUUUUAGUGCUCUCCCUGCAAAGUAUAGUCAAAAAGCAAAGUAGAAACAAUGUACUCAUUAUGUAUUUAAUGCCGUUACAAAUGGUUCCUGAACUCUUACAAGUACCUCGAAUGCUCUUUUGAACAUUUUGUACUCUUGGAGUAUGAGAGACCAAAGGUAUUUUUAACAAAUUAAAAAAUUGUACAUACUUUUAACAAUUUUACCC